UUUCUCCCCCCAAAAGACACUCGUCUCUCUCGCAAGUAAGAAGAGAAGCUCUUCCUCUCAUCCUUUCUUGCUUUCAAGAACUUAACAAAACCUCUCCUUUAAAUAAAAGAAAUUCACCAUGGCUGCUUCUACUACAAUUGUUGAUUCUAGUAAUUGGGUUAGAACCCAAAUCCCUCAUCACUCUCUUUCCUCAAAUUCACUGUUAGAUUUGGGCUCUAUUUCUUUUACCAAGAACAAGCCCACUAGUAAAAGAAACAUCAGUCACUGUGCUCUGCACUCUCCUUCAGUUCUCCAUUUCCCACCUGAACAGCCUUAUAAACCUACAGUAAUUCCUACAGAUGACUCUUUUACCACUGUAAAACGCAAAACCAGCCACCACCGCCAUCAGCCACCGCACUGGAACCUCCUUCAAAGAGCAGCAGCCAUAGCUUUAGAUAUGGCAGAGAGUGCUGUAAUCUCUCGUGAACGCCAACACCAACUUCCCAAGACUGCUGAUCCACGCGUCCAAAUCUCCGGAAACUAUGCUCCUGUAGCAGAACAGCCAGUCCGGCAAUCACUUCCGGUCACCGGAACGAUCCCAGAUUGUAUUAAUGGUGUCUAUGUACGAAACGGUGCCAACCCACUUUUUGAACCAAUCGCCGGCCACCACUUGUUUGACGGAGACGGUAUGGUCCAUGCUGUGAGUAUUAAAAAUGGCAAUGCUAGCUAUGCUUGUCGUUUCACUGAAACAGAAAGAUUGAAACAAGAAAGAGUAUUGGGUAGGCCCGUGUUUCCUAAAGCAAUUGGUGAAUUGCAUGGUCACUCUGGUAUUGCGAGAUUGCUACUUUUUUAUGCAAGAGGAUUAUGUGGUCUUAUUGAUCAUACAAAAGGAACUGGUGUAGCAAACGCUGGUCUUGUUUACUUCAAUGACAGGCUUCUUGCUAUGUCUGAAGAUGAUGUUCCUUACCAAGUUCGUGUCACUUUUUCUGGUGAUCUUGAAACUGUUGGCAGAUACAAUUUUGAAGGUCAACUUGAACACACCAUGAUUGCACAUCCAAAGAUUGAUCCUGUUUCUAAAGAGAUGUUUGCUCUUAGCUAUGAUGUCAUCCAAAAGCCGUAUCUUAAGUACUUCAGGUUCUUCCCCGAUGGGACAAAAUCACCGGACGUUGAUAUCCCUCUUCCAGUGCCAACCAUGAUGCAUGAUUUUGCUAUUACUGAGAAUUUCGUGGUAAUCCCUGAUCAACAAGUCGUUUUCAAACUUCAAGAAAUGAUAAGUGGUGGCUCUCCUGUUAUUUAUGAUAAAGACAAGAAGUCUCGGUUUGGGAUUCUUGCAAAGAAUGCUCGUGAUGCUAAUGAUAUUAUUUGGAUAGAAUCGCCCGAUACUUUCUGUUUCCAUUUGUGGAAUGCAUGGGAAGAGCCUGAAUCAGAUGAAGUUGUGGUCAUCGGAUCUUGCAUGACUCCACCGGACUCCAUUUUUAAUGAAUGUGAUGAGAGUUUAAAGAGUGUAUUAUCUGAAAUCCGCCUCAAUUUAAGGACAGGUAAAUCCACGCGCCGCGAAAUAAUUCAAGAAUCAAAUCAGGUGAACUUGGAGGCCGGGAUGGUGAACAGAAACCGUAUUGGUAGAAAGACUCGAUAUGUUUAUCUUGCUAUCGUUGAGCCGUGGCCAAAGGUUUCGGGUUUUGCUAAAGUGGAUCUUUUUACUGGAGAGGUAAAGAAAUAUAUUUACGGUGAUAAAAAAUUUGGCGGCGAGCCAUUUUUCUUGCCAAGAGAUCCUAAUAGCGAAGAAGAAGAUGACGGGUACGUUCUUGCUUUUGUUCAUGACGAAAAGAAGUGCAAAUCAGAGCUUCAAAUUGUGAAUGCCACGAAUUUACAGUUAGAAGCUUCGGUUAAGCUGCCAUCAAGGGUACCUUAUGGAUUUCAUGGCACAUUCAUAGACUCGGAGGAUUUGGUCAGUCAAGCAUAGCCGUUUUUCGCUCUUAAAACAAAAGGGUGUUAAUAUUAUUUUUUACCGUUUUGUUUUAUGCGUGUGAAAGGAGAUUUUUACCUGAGGGAUGAUGGAUUUAUCCCCGGAAUCUCCUGUACAGUAAAGAACCCUAACAACCCUUUUGUUCUUUUGUUAGUUUAUUUUUUCUUUUUUUUUUUCUUUAAAUUAAAUUAUAGGUUUUAGAGAGGAACCAGCUUGCAGCUUUUGGACAGUAGGUAGAAUUCGAGCUCAGCUGGUUUCUGCUUCGUUGAUUUGGUUGUAUUUUUCUUUUUGGGUCAAUUUCUCAGUUCAGUUAUUUAUGUAGAUCUCUCUCUCUUUUAAAUAUUUACAGGUUUCGCAUUAUUCUUA